GUCACUCAGUCAAGUAAUCAUGUUGUGGACAGGUCUUAAUGAUAUUAAGGAAGAAGGGUAUCCCUUAUGGACGGACGAUUCUCCAUAUCGUGGGAAAGCUGAACUCUCCCCUCUGCCAAUGAUACCAGAAAAUGAGACUGAUUGUUAUGCUUUCCAAAAAAAUCCAGCUGGACCAGAUUAUUUCUUCAUUGGGUUUUUCUGCUAUAUCCCAUUGCCAUACAUUUGUGAAUAUGAAUUGUCUUCUGUUCCUGAAAACUUCACAUUUAAGGUGCAGGAUGUCAGCGCAACUGAAAUAUCACUUUUUUGGAGCAGUCUGAAUGGAUUGUUUAAUUCAGGAUUUGAGCUCAUGAUUAAAUACGAUUUUGAGUAUUUGGAACAAUAUUUUGAAAUGUUUCCUCUGAAUUCAACACAUGCAAAAAUUUUGCAGUUGUGCCCUGGUCAUUUCUAUAAAUUUUUAUUGUCAGCAAGGAGCCCUGAAGGAGCACAAGUUAGCUUACAUCCAAUUGUGAUGGUAGAGACAAGACCAUUACAUGUACACAACACAAAGGCAACAAGGGUGACAUCAUCAGAAAUAGCUUUGCAGUGGGACAUUCCAGUGAGUUUAUGCAAUGCUUCUAUUCAUCACUACCUAGUUAGCAUCUUGGACAACAAGACAACAGAAAGCUUCACAGUUGAAAAGGGGAAGACUUCUACUACAGUUGAAAAGCUCAAACCAUACCAUCAAUAUCAGCUGCACCUUCAGAGCAUUGCUGAAAAAGGAACUCUAAGCUGCCAUGAGGAUCCUAUCCUAGUAAUAACAGGUGUCAGCCCACCAACCAACAUAUUUAUCCAUCCAGAUGAUGUAGGAGAGGACUAUGUAGUUAUUUACUGGAAACUACCACAAGAGGGCCAGGAAUCCUAUAUUCAGGCAAAAUCAUCUGCUGUCAUGGAUAAAAGCAUGAUGUUUUUAAUAAACAACACAGAAAGAUUUAAAAUUGAACAUCUAAUUCCUGGAAUGACUUAUGAAAUAGGAGUAGCCUCAGUAUUCAACGGAAAUAGGAGUGAUCUAAAGACAAUUCAAUGCACCCUUAAACCGAAACCAGUACAAAUUGCCAUCCCUUAUGAUGUUUAUAGUAAUUACGUGAUUUUAUUUGUUCAAAUGCCUGUUGCUGGAGUAUUUGAUGGCAUACAUGUCAUGAGUCAAGGUGGCCCUAAUGUAACAUUGACUUUACUGACUGAUGGAAAAGUAACUCUAGAUAACUUGAUACCAGGCACAGAAUAUGAUUUCUUCAUUGCCACAACUAGUGGAUAUAUGUUAAGUUCUGUAUAUCAUCUGCCAGCUGUAAGAACAUGUCUUGCAGUUCCACUAAAUGUACGUGAAGGCAAAGUUAGAAAUGUUUCCAUACAGAUUAUUUGGGACCAAGCAGAUGGAAGUUUUCAGCAGUAUGAAGUAACAUGCAUAAAUUCUGCAGGUACUUUUAUGGUUCAAAAAGUCACAAAAGAAAUGGCAGAAUUUUCCAGUCUGAUCCCUGGCAUGCAAUAUAAUUUUACAGUGAAAACUGAAAAAGAAGGAUACAAGGACAGCCUUCCUGUAAGGAUACAAAUAGAUACAGAACCAAUAGGGAUAUGUGAUCUAACUUUAAAAUUGGUAAAUACUUCUUCUGCCACGUUGAUAUGGAAUCCAAGCAAGACCAACUUUACCCAUUACAAAGCAUCUCUAUCAAAUGAUACAUUCACAAAGGAGUACACUAUUUUCGGAACUCAGACAUAUUACAUCAUUACAAAUCUGACUGCUGGUGGAAUUUAUAAUUUUACAUUGCAGAGGGUAAAAGGCAGUGUUGAAGGUGCGAUUGCUUUUAUUGAAAUAAUAGCAGAGCCUGAAAAGCCACAGAGACUAGAGGUCUUCAACAUAUCAUCCCAUUCCUUUUCUCUUCGCUGGAGACUACCGCAUGGACAUGUUGAAAAGUUUCAUGUGGAUCUCACACCUCCUCAUGGCUUUGUGUCUAUUCAAGAUGUUGGAGGCGGGGAGUAUCAGGCUGAUAUUUCAAGCACCACUCCUGGAACAAUAUACAAUGUGACUGUUUCUUCAGUUUCCUCUUCAGCAUCCAGUUCACCCAUCAGCAAAACAGUAACAACUAAUGUAACUAAUCCAGGACCUCCUGUGUUCCUGGCAGGUGAAAGAGUUGGAUCUGCAGGAAUUCUUCUCUCUUGGAACACACCACCACAUCCAAAUGGGAGGAUUAUAUCCUACAUUGUUAAAUAUAAGGAGGUAUGCCCUUGGAUGCAAAAUGCUUACACUCAAGUUACAACAAAGCCAGAUAGUUUGGAAGUUCUUCUCACUAAUCUGAACCCUGGAACAACUUAUGAAAUUCAGGUUGCUGCUGAAAACAGUGCUGGCAUUGGAGUGUUUAGUGACCCAUUUCUUUUUCAAACUGCAGAAAGUGCUCCAGGUAAAGUGGUGAAUCUCACAGUUGAAGCGUUCAACCAUUCAGCUGUAAAUCUUAUUUGGUUUCUGCCUCGGCAGCCAAAUGGAAAAAUAACGAGUUUCAAAAUUAGUGUAAAGCAUGCAAGAAGUGGGAUAGUGGUAAAAGAUGUCUCUGUUAAAGUGGAGGACCUUCUAUCUGGGAUGCUACCAGAAUGUAAUGAUAAUAGUGAAUCAUUUUUGUGGAGUACUACUACUCCUUCAACUACUUCUAGCAAAACAACUACAGUUGUUACAGUUGCUCCCAGCAAAAUGAGCUCUGUCUGGAAUGAACCUAUCAGUUUUGUUGUGACUAAUCUCAGGCCAUACACUACUUACCUUUUUGAAGUCUCUGCAGUUACCACUGAAGCCGGUUAUAUUGAUAGUGCAAUUGUCAGGACACCAGAAUCAGUUCCAGAAGAUCCACCUCAAAAUUUUGUCAAAGGCAACAUUACAGGAAAAUCAUUAUCAGUUUCUUGGGAACCACCAACCAUUGUUACUGGAAAAUUUAGCUACAGAGUUGAACUGUAUGGACCACCUGGUCAUAUUUUGGAUAAUAGCACAAAAGAUCUGAAGUUUACCUUUAAUAAUUUAAUACCAUUCACAACAUACGAUGUUUUUGUUGCUGCUGAGACAAGUGCUGGGGUGGGACCAAAGUCAAACCUAACAGUUUUCACUCCUGCAGGAGUUCCAGGAUCUGUAUUUGAUCUGCAUAUAGCAGAGGUAGCAGCGACCUUUAUUAAUAUUGCUUGGAUGAAACCAAAGCAGCCAAAUGGAAUAAUCACCCAGUACCGAGUAAAGGUAUUACUUGAAGAUACAGGAGAGACUCUUGAAGACACAAUUCUUACAGAAAAAGUAAAGUACUUUAUUGAAUCUGUAGAUCCAGACAUGAUAAAUGAAAAUGCACCAUCAUCUGUCACUUGGAGUAAAAUAGAAACAGUAACUGGCUUAUAUGAAGGUUCAGCUGAGAUGCUCCCCCCAGUAAACACAUUUUCUCCAGUAAAAUUUCCUAGCGUGUCUGUUGAUAAUUUACCCAAUUUGAAUGGAGUUGCAGAACUACAUUCCGAUUCUGCUGAGCAGCUGUCAUAUCUUGUAAAAGGACUCCUACCUUUCACUAAAUAUGCAAUCAUUGUUUCUGCUUUUACCAUCAUUGGAGAAGGGCCACCAGAGAUUCUCAUUGUUAGGACAAGUGAACAAGUUCCAAGCGCUGUAGAAAAUAUAAAUUAUAAAAAUAUGAGUUCAUCCUCUAUUUUGCUCUCCUGGGAUAUACCAAUAAAUCCAAAUGGGGAAAUCACACAUUACACAGUUUAUGCAAUGGAGCUGGAUACAAAUAAAGUUUUUGACUGGACAACAUCAAAUCACAGCAUCUUGAUUACAGGUUUGAGGAAGUAUACAAAUUAUAAAAUGAGAGUAGCAGCUUCCACCAUUGUUGGAGAAAGUGCUUUAUCUGAAGACAAUGAUAUUUUUGUGCGAACACCUGAAGAUGAACCAGAUUCACCACCCCAGAAUGUUGAGAUAUUAGAAGUGACAGCUACAGAAAUAAGCUUAAGAUGGUUACCACCUGAGCAACCUAAUGGGAUCAUAACUCAUUAUGAAGUUAUGUAUGAUAAUGCUAGUGCAUUAACUUUUAAAAACACUACAGCAACACAUCUUCUUUUAAAUGGAUUGAAACCAUAUAGUCUAUAUAACAUUUCUGUAAAGGCAUACACUCGCCUUGGUCAUGGGAAUCAGUCAUCAACCCCAUUAUCUGUAAGAACGGCUGAAACUGUACCUGACUUUCCACCAGAAAACAUAACCUAUAGGAACAUCUCUUCUUCAGAAAUAGAGUUAUCGUUUCUUCCACCAUCGGUCCCCAAUGGGAUUAUAGAGAGCUAUACUGUAUAUCUCAGAGAAACUGAUGGAACCGAGGAAAGAAUCAUCAACACCACAAAUCUUUUACUAACCAUUACAGGUUUAAAAAUAUAUACAAAAUAUAUAGUUAAGGUGUCCUCAAGCACUGCAAAAGGUGAAGGUGCUCUAAGUGCACCCCUGAAAAUACUGACUGAUGAAGAUGCUCCUAGUUCUCCUCCACAAUUGCUCACAGUAAAACAGUUGUCUGGUGUCAUUGUAAAGUUGUCAUGGAAACCACCACUGGAGCCAAAUGGAAUUAUAAUCUAUUACACAGUUUAUGUCUGGAAUGUAAUGUCGAAUAGAAGUAUUAAUGUAACAGAAACAUCAUUAGACAUCUCAGAUCUUGAAAAUAACAGUGACUAUAGUGUUUAUGUAACAGCAAGUACUAGAUUUGGAGAUGGAAACAUGAAGAGUAACAUGAUCAGCUUCAGAACCUCUGAAGGAGCUCCAAGUGAUCCACCUAAACAUGUCUGGUAUACAAACAUCACUUCCUCAUCAAUACGCAUUUUCUGGAAUCCUCCUCAAAAGCCCAAUGGGGCCAUACGAUUUUAUUCAGUUUACUACAAAAAUGAUUCAGACACUUAUGUACAGAAUUUUACCAUGUAUGAUAUUGACAAUGGUGUUGACAAUACAACUUUGUCUACAGUACUAAACAACUUAGCAAAAUGGAACCACUACUUACUUUGGCUAACUGCAAACACAGCCUUUGGAAAUGGAAACCAAACCAGUGAAAUAAUCCAAGUGUACACAGAUCAAGAUAUUCCAGAUGGACCUAUUGAACAACUGGCAUAUCAAAAUAUUACUUCCACUGCUGUGAAUAUAAGCUGGAUGCCCCCAUCCCAGCCAAAUGGAAUAGUCUUCUACCAUCUUUCACUAACAAUGCAGGAUGCUCAAACAGAGCAAAAGAUUCUGUCACUCAUUUUGUAUGAAACAAAUGUAGUUUUUGAUAAGCUUGAAAAAUAUUCUAGUUAUCUUCUGAAAAUUACUCCAGCAACAGCAAAAGGCCUAUCUGAAGUGUACACUAUUGAUCUACACAUUAGAACUGAGGAAGAUGUUCCAGAAUCUGCUCCUAUAAUGAAGUCUUACAAAAACCUUUCGUCUACCUCAGUGAUGUUAUCCUGGGAUCCUCCAGCCCAACCAAAUGGCAUUAUAAUACGCUAUGACUUAAAGCUGCAAGGCCCAGAAAUAAAUUAUUCUUUCACUACCACCAAUGAUUCAACCAUUUUAGAAGAUCUUUCACCAUUCACACUGUACAGUUUUUUUGCCUCUGCAAGAACUUCAAAAGGACUUGGACCAUAUGCUUUACUUAUGUUCUCCACAGAUGAGUCAGUUCCAUUGGCUCCUCCUGAGAAUCUGACAGUUAUCAAUUACACAUCCAGCUCUGUGUGGCUGACUUGGGAUCCAAGUCCUCAACCAAAUGGUGUUAUUAGAAGAUAUAUUUUUCACAUUUUUGAAAACAGUAGUCAGACUACACUAUAUCAGAAUGUUUCAGGUUUACAUAAUGAAGCUAAUAUUCUUGGACUAGAACCAUUCAGCACCUACUUCAUCAGUAUAUCUGCCUUCACAAAAGUUGGAAAUGGCAAUCAAUUCAGUAACGUUGUUCAAUUCACAACAAAGGAAUCAGCUCCAGAUAGUGUCCAGAAUAUCCACUGUACUGCAACCAGUUGGCAGUCUGUUAUUGUCCACUGGGACCCUCCUUUGAAAACAAAUGGGAUUAUUACCCAUUACAUCAUAACAUUUGGAAGGAAUUCAACAAUCCUAUCUUCUGAUAAUGAAACAGUCCAUACGUUCGGAGACCUGUUAUCAAAUGCCUCUUACCAGUUUAAAAUAAAAGCUGCAACAGCUGCUGCAGAAGGAGAAGAGCAGAUAUGCAAUGCAAGCACAUUUCCUGAAACAGUUCCCAGUGCGCCUAGAGAUAUUGCAUUUGCAAAUGUACAAUCAACAAGUGUGACCUUGAGAUGGAGAAUGCCAGUUACUAUCUUUGGCUACUUUCAAAACUACAAGAUCUCUGUGCAGUUACGAUCUAUCCAUUGCGAUAACUGGGAAGCUGCUGGAUGUAUUGAAUAUCAGAAGGAUCAAUAUUUAUAUUAUGCUGAUGCUUUUACAGAAGAAACAGUAUAUGAACUGAAAAAGUUCAGAUGGUAUAGAUUUAGAGUUUCUGCUAGUACAAAUGCUGGUUAUGGAAGCUCUUCACCUUGGAUUUCUACACAAACUCUACCUGGCUUUCCAGAUGCUCCUCCAGAAAAUGUAACUGUAAUAGCUACAUCUCCUUAUAGUAUUAAUAUUAGCUGGAGUGAACCUUUCGUCAUUACUGGACCAACAUUUUACCUCAUUGACAUUACUUCUGUGAAUACUGAUGAUUAUAAAGCUUCAUUUGUCAAGACAAAUGAUGAGAAUAAAACCCUUGAGGUUUCAGGUUUAAGUCCCUUUACAAGGUAUUCUGUAGUAGUCACUGCUUUUACAGGAGAUAUACAUGCAGCGCACAUUGAAGGCAAGCCUAGCACUUCAGUCAUUAUUUCUACUCUUGAAGCAGUGCCCAGAGACCCACUUAACAACAUAACCUUUCAGAAGAUACCUGAUGAAGUAACAAAGUUCCAGGUGACAUUUAUACCACCAUCUGAAUUCAAUGGAAAUAUUCAAGUAUAUCAAGCUAUGGUCUACAAAGAAGAUGACCCUACAGUUUUCCAGAUCUAUAACUUAAGUGUUAUAGACAGAACAGACAAAUCAGUUACUGCCAUGAUAGAGGGACUCAAAGGAGGAUAUACAUACAACAUAAGUGUGUAUGCAAUCAAUAGUGCUGGUGCAGGCCCAAAGAUCCAACUUAAAAUAACAACUGACAUUAAAGAACCACCAAGGCCUAAUAAAAAGCCAGUGCCAGUUUAUGAUACCAGUGGAACACUGCUUGUCACUGCUACAACAAUUACUAUCCGUAUGCCAGUUUGCUACUAUAAUGAUAAUCAUGGACCAAUCAAGAAAAUACAAAUUCUUGUUUCAGAGGCAGGAGUUCAACAUGAUGGCAAUGUAACUAAGUGGUAUGAUGCCUACUUCAAAAAACCAAGACCCUAUUUUGUAAAUGAGGGCUUUCCAAACCCUCCAUGUACAGAAGGAAAUGAAGGACCGAGUAGCAAAGAAGAUGUGUAUGUAAUAGGGGCUGAUAGUACAUGCAUGAUACCAGGAAGUGAAGAAAAAAUUUGCAAUGGUCCCCUGAAACCCAGAAAGCAAUACUUGUUUAAGUUCAGAGCUACAAAUAUCAAGGGCCAAUUUACAGAUUCCGACUACUCUGACCCCAUCAAAACUUUAGGUGAUGGACUAUCUGAAAGAGCUGUAGAAAUAAUACUUGCAGUUACUUUAUGUAUACUCUCUGUAAUUCUUCUUGUGGCUGCUAUCUAUGCUUUUGCAAGAAUUCGACAAAAGCAAAAAGAAGGAGGCACAUACUCACCACGGGAUGCAGAAAUUAUUGACACUAAAUUCAAGCUCGAUCAGUUGAUCACAGUGGCAGAUCUGGAAAUGAAAGAUGAGAGAUUUACACGGUUACUUAGUUAUAGAAAAUCCAUCAAGCCAAUAAGCAAGAAAAGCUUUCUACAACAUGUUGAAGAGCUUUGUACAAACAACAACCUGAAGUUUCAAGAAGAAUUUUUGGAACUCCCUAAGUUUCUUCCAGAUCUUGCCUCAACUGAUGCUGAUCUGCCAUGGAACAGGUCCAAAAACCGCUUUCCAAACAUCAAACCAUAUAAUAACAACAGAGUGAAGCUAAUGCCUGAUGCUAGUAUACCUGGAUCCGAUUAUAUAAAUGCCAGCUAUGUGUCUGGCUAUUUAUGUCCAAAUGAAUUUAUUGCUACUCAAGGGCCACUACCAGGCACAGUGGGGGAUUUCUGGCGAAUGGUAUGGGAAACUAGAGCAAAAACCCUUGUGAUGCUUACUCAGUGUUUUGAGAAAGGACGGAUAAGAUGUCAUCAGUACUGGCCUGAAGACAACAUACCAGUGACUGUUUUUGGAGAUAUAGUGAUUACCAAAUUAGUGGAAGAUGUUCAAAUAGACUGGACGAUCAGGGAUUUAAAAAUUGAAAGGCAUGGAGAUUGUAUGAUGGUACGUCAGUGUAACUUUACUGCCUGGCCUGAACAUGGAGUACCUGAAACAACUGCAUCAUUAAUCCAUUUUGUCAAACUGAUACGUGCGAGCCGAGCACAUGAUAGUACACCCAUAGUUGUUCAUUGCAGUGCUGGAGUUGGAAGAACGGGGGUUUAUAUUGCCCUUGACCAUUUAACACAGCAUAUAAAUGACCAUGACUUUGUGGAUAUCUAUGGACUUGUAGCUGAGCUGAGAAGUGAAAGGAUGUGUAUGGUACAGAAUUUGGCACAAUAUAUAUUUAUGCACCAGUGUGUUUUGGACUUACUGACAAUCAAGAGGAGCAGCCAGCCUGUAUGUUUUGUUAAUUAUUCAGUAUUGCAAAAGAUGGACUCAUUGGAUGCCAUGGAAGGUGAUGUGGAACUUGAGUGGGAAGAAACUACCAUGUAAAUGCAUGGAUGAAACUUUGUUUCAGGAAAAACCAAAUGGUAUUUCUUUAACAUCAGGGGCCAAAACAAAUCCCCUUCUUACAAUGAACUAAAAGCAAAGCGUAAUUUUUUAAAACAAAAAUGUUAUAGUUUAUGCUUUAUUUAUGUGCCUUCAUAAAUACUAUAAAUUAUUAAAUGAUACUUUUGUACAGAGUGUGCAGGCCUGUUAUUGUAAUAUAAAUAUUGUACUCAAUUGCUGCAAUCCAGCAACAAGUAUUCACAAAUAAAUCCCAUUCAGACUAA